CCCGCUCGCGCACGAUCAGCUGUCCGCCAAACAGUCGAGUCGUCGCCGGUGCCGCGUCGCUCCGUCCUCCGCAGCCGCCGAGGUGCCAUGGAGCUGCUGUGCGCCGAACGCGUGAGCCCCGGCAGCGCGGGCCGCGGCCGCCCGCAGGCGGCGCCGCUGGCCGCCGCGCCCGACCCGGUGGUGCUGCGCCGGCGCGUGCUCACCAACCUGCUGCGCGCGGAGGAGCGCUACGCCGUCACCGCCAACUACUUCGGCGCCGUGCAGACCGAGGUCACGCCGCACAUGCGCCGCCUGGUCGCCGAGUGGAUGCUAGAGGUAUGUGAAGACCAGGGAUGCCAAGAAGAAGUGUUCCCGCUGGCCAUCACGUACUUGGACCGGUUCCUAAGUAUAUGCACAGUAGGUAAGAGCCAAGUGCAACUGCUGGGCACAGCGUGCUUACUGCUGGCUUCGAAGAUGCGAGAACCAAACGCGCGGUGCUUGCCCGCGGAGCUGCUCGUAUUCUACACUGCUAACAGCAUCACUGUCUCCGAUCUUUGUAGUUGGGAGUUGCUAGUGUUAGCGAAACUAAAGUGGGACGUCGCGGGAGUGACAGCACACGAUUUCCUGCCUCUACUUCUUAAAAGGUUGCCGCUGCGAGGUGUGGUUGACACGAGCAUGGUGCAGAGACACGCCCAGACGUUCAUCGCGCUCGCUGCAAGAGAUUACGAAUUCACGCUGUACUCGGCGAGCACUCUGGCGUGUUGCAGCAUCGCGGCGGCGCUGCGCGGGCUGGGCCUCGACGGCCAUCUCGACACGCUGCGGGAUCUCACCGGCAUCGACUUGGACUGCCUUCAGACUUGUCUGGAGCAGGUCGAGGAGAUGGUGCAGAACAUGAUCGACGAGCGAUCACAGCCUGUCCCAAACGGGCAGGCGCGGGAGGCGGGGUGGACCCCACCUCCCACGCAGGACAAGGCGCUGAGUAACGCCGCCACCCCCACCGACGUCAGAGACGUGCACUUUUGAGCGACGCGCGUGCGGCCGCAGUGAGGACUUGGCUUUAACUUCGGUGCAUUAGUACGAAAAUACUUUAAACUACGUUUAGUUCAAAGGUGCGACCGUGAUCGAGGACUGAUGAUACAAAGACUGAUAGUACGUGUCCGACGUAGGUAUGCUACGUGUAGUGUAAGUCCACUAGUUUUUAACAGAGUAGUGUAAGCCCUAUGUGCUACUUCUGCCUCUAGUCUAUUUGUUCGCUUAUCCACGAGGCGUGCACUGAACCAACUUUAUCUUCCAGUCCUAGUUUAUAUGAUGGCUCUUGAAAUUACAAUCUACCUCUUAAUUGUGUAAGGCGAGGCAGUUUCAACAACCUUUGCCAAUUGCUAAUACAAAUUUAGUCAUUGUACGCUCGCAUGGGACCAAAGCUAGCUCUUCACGUUUAAAUUCAUUUUACAAUGAACUGAUUUUUAUACCUACUAUAGAUUACAGGUACAUAUUUUUCGUUAUUUUUAUAUAGGUUUAAAUACAAUAUACGUUUAAAGGGCACGUUCAAUUACUUGUGCAAGUUAAGAAAAGUACCUACAAUUAAAAAAUCGAGGCAACACUCGAAGUUUGAAGUGUGGCAGAUAAAGAAGUGCCCCUCCCCUUGCUUUCGUCAAUUACAAUUGUCCUUCACUUAUGCUAAGUACAUUUCAUAAGUACAGACCAUUCAAACAUGCAGCGUGGAGGGAGCCAUUUUUAUAUUAUUGCUAUAUUUGAAAUUAGAAACAUUUCCUUAAACAAUCGGUACUUUUGUUAACAUUAACAAAAAUUCCAUUUAGAAAUCAUGACAUGGCAUUUUAGUUAUUUUCAAUUCGAUUGGACAAUUAAAACUAUUUGAUUCAUGUUUUAAAGAAUACAAAUAAUUAAAUUAAGCAUUUAUAGCUGCAAUCAGACUAAUCGUGCAACGGGGGAAGGCAAUAAAUUACGCUUUAUAAUGUAAAGAAUUAAUGUAACAAGACAAGACAUUGUGUUGUAACACACGACAACAUUCGUCAAUUGCUUAUAGUGACAUUACCACAUUUCAGAAUUGAACUUACUGGCUUGUUCCCGUUGCUUUUUCUCUACCCUUUGUGAUCGCGUGUGCGUGAAGAGGUUUUUUUUCUGUUUCUAUUACUCCAACCCCAUCAAGAUUUUCGUUAAAAAGGAAGAAGAAUUUCUAUUUAAUGUUUUACAGACAACGCGAACAAAAUUGACUCGUGUAAUGCAAUGGAGAAACGGGAAAAUCAAAUUCUCACACGCUAGCGAUGAAAGAGGAACAAGCCACUUGGGCACCUAAAUAAUAGCGGUUGAAAGUUGUAUUGAAGAUUCUCUUAAAAAUAUUGUACGUAUUGUAUUUAAGUAAUUUUGUUCCUUUUUGAUAAACAAUGUACCAACGCGUUAGUUUUAGUAACGUUGUAAUGUGAUAAGGAUAAGUGUUGCAAAGUUGAACUUCAUAUCAUAGUCACUUCCAGUCAUAAUAUAUUAAAUUUAGGAAUACUAUGUUACGAUUCGAUUUAUUAACGAUAGGUGAAAAACAGAAAAACAAUGUGAUUUCGUAUUGAUAAGGUGUUAGGGUAGGUAGUGUGUAGUCAUUUAAAUUCACAUAAUCGUUCCUAUUCUAGCAACCAUUGGAAGUAUGAUUACGCAAUAGUCAAUGACAUUUUCCUGUACUUAAUAUAAACACUAUGCGAGGACAAAGCGUUCACUAACUACAAUUGUGAUAUAGUUUUCCAGAUUUGUUAAGUAAGUAAUGCUUUUAACACGGUACGGGUGGCGCAGGAGACAACUAGGUAUUGUUUGUUUAGCAUUUAGUUUAGUAUAACUGUAAGGUUUUGUAUCUCUACAAAUAAACGACCGGCCGGUCGGAAUCUAGACGUGUUUAUAAAAACAGAGUCCAACGUCUUCCAUUACAUAGGAUAAUCAGGCAACGCCGAGAGAGCAGUGCUGCUCCUAUACAUAUAGACGCGGAUAUAUUUUGUCAUUACAUAUGUUAUUCAUACCUCAGGAACACUACUAGCAAUAUGCCUAAUUAUCCUUAAACUUAGGUAACACUAGACUUUAGCGAUCUGCUAUGUAGAUAUUGUAGAGCUAAAUGUAAAUAUAACAUAAAAUAUGCUGUAAGCAUGUGGUGCCAUAAAAAAACACUACUAUAAAAGUAUUUCGUUAACUAAUAGCAAUAAAGUAUAUAAUAUAAAGUGAAUAAAUACAACGCCGUGUAACGAUUGACCUUACGUAUUCAUCAAUGACCUACAGAGCAGUUAGACAGUGCGUAUAUAUGUAUACCUACGCAUACAUACAAUUCGGUUAUGGAAUGUAACGCAUAUAUAAAUUGUCAUAAAUGCAAAUAUAGUAUGUUUAAUUAUUUAGUUUGUACGUAAAAUUAUGUGGGAAAAUAUACGCAUUACAAAGUUAGUCUUUAUUUAAAUGCUUAUUUGGCUUGUGGACUGGCUUUUUCGAAUAGGGUAAGGAAUUAGAUGGUUACUUUGAUAUGAAGUAGGUUAAUAAAGAGUUGUAGAGAGAAAGCAACUUUCCAGUGAUGUAUAUUAGAGGGCAGGAGCGUCGCUUGUGGCGACACUUAUAUAUCGAACGAUGUGAUUUAAAAAAGCGAAAUUCUAAAGAUUAUAUGACACGCUAAUGUGCCUCAUUUUGAAUUUAUAUGUGAUUUUUACUUUUAAGUUUGUGUUCGGAUUGGAUGAUCGUCGCAAUUGUCGAGAUGUAAAUAUUUAA